AUGUUAAGUUUAACACUACAACGCCCCGGCACCGGACUAGCACCAGAUGAGCACCGCCUCAACUCUCGCCGUCUACGUGUCGCUAACUCAGCGUCGGUCAGGCGUCCACUUUUCGUCCGCGCAGCGUCAACGAUUGGGCUGCACGGCCGGCGUGUGGCAAGCACGGGAGCAAUGCGGGCACAGCAAGCAGCCCGUAGUCCCUCAACAAGGCGCAGGCAGUUUGGAGUAGAUGACGUAAGGCCAGUGUACAGUAACCGAGGCAUACCCUAA